GGCGCUGUUCACCCCGGAGGCUGCCAGCCGAGGCUAGCGCCUCCCACUCUGUCCCUACCUGUCACUCUCCUGUCCCGGGAGCCCGGCAGGUCCGGGACUCUCGUCCUUGCCGGUGCAGGCGCCGGUAUGUGGCUGUGGGAGGAACAAGGGGGCCUCCUGGGCCCCUUCUCCUUCCUGCUGUUGCUGAUGCUGCUGGUGACGCGCAGCCUCUUCAAUGCCUGCCUCCUGACUGGCAGCCUCUACGUCCUGCUUCGCUUCUUCAGCUUUGAACCGGUGCCCUCGUUCAGGGCCCUGCAGGUGCUUAAGCCCCGGGGUCGUGUCUCCGCCAUCGCCCAUCGCGGUGGCAGCCACGAUGCUCCAGAGAACACUUUGGCGGCCAUCCGGCAGGCAGCUAAGAAUGGAGCGACAGGUGUGGAGCUGGACCUGGAGUUUACCUCUGACGGGAUUCCUGUCUUAAUGCAUGAUAACACAGUGGACAGGACGACUAAUGGGACUGGUCGACUGUGUGAUUUGACAUUUGAACAAAUUAGGAAACUUAAUCCUGCAGCAAAUCACAGGCUGAGGAAUGCUUUCCCGGAUGAGAAGAUCCCCACCCUGAGGGAGGCCAUUGUGGAGUGCCUCAGCCAUAACCUCACCAUCUACUUUGACGUCAAAGGCCACGCAAACAUGGCUACCGUUGCUCUAAAGAAAGCUUUUAUGGAGUUUCCUCAACUAUAUAAUAACAGUAUCGUCUGCUCUUUCUUGCCAGAAGUUAUUUAUAAGGUGAGACAAGCAGAUCAGAACAUUAUAACAGCUUUAACGCACAGACCUUGGAGCCUUAGCUAUACAGGAGACGGGAAGCCACGUUAUGAUUCUUUGGGGAAACACUCCAUGUUUGUGAUAUUGGACAUUUUGCUGGAUUGGAGCAUGCAUAACAUCUUGUGGUACCUGUGUGGAAUUUCAGCAUUCCUCAUGCAGAAGGAUUUUGUGUCUCCGGCCUACUUGAAUAAGUGGUCUUCUAAAGGGAUUCAGGUGGUUGCUUGGACUGUUAACACCUUUGACGAGAAAAGUUACUACGAAUCCCAUCUCGCUUCCAGCUAUAUCACUGACAGCAUGUUGGAAGACUGCGAACCUCAGUUCUAGACCCAUGGAGGAAACAGAGCUUCAGAAACUGCCUGCUGGCCUUACCCAGGGAUGUCAAAACACCCGUGGGCUCGCCCAGG